AUGAUCUCUUGUUCGCCGCUUUGUUCGACUGACAAAGAGUUAUCUCCCCUUGAAUUGUACUUCUUCCCUAACCCCACCCGUUUCUUGUCACUGUCUUGUCACCGCCUCACUGAAUCCAGAGAAAAUCUAUCAUCUUUUUUUAUACGACAUUUGCUUUAUUUAUUAUUAACCACGCCUUUUUCUCUCGUUGAAACAAGGCUUGCUUAUCCGUUCUCUCCGUCUCGUAUCUAUCUAUCUAUCUAUCUAUCUAUCUAUCUAUCUAUCUAUCUAUCUAUUUCUGUUAAAAUUUUUCAUAUCUAUCUAGAAUCUAUCUAUCUAUCUAGUCUAAAAUAUUCAUAUCUAUCUAUCUAUCUAUCUAUCAUAUCUAUCUAUCUAUUCAUCAUAUCUAUCUAUCUAUCUAUCCUAUUCAUCUAUCUAUCUAUCUAUCUAUCUCUAUCUAUCUAUCUAUCUAUCUAUCUAAAUCUGUGCAUAUCUAUCUAUCUAAUCUAUCUAUCUAUCUAUCUAAUCUAUUCAUAUCUAAAUCUAAUUCUAUCUAUCUAUCCAUCUAUCUAUAUCUAUCUAAAUUUAUUCAUAUUCUAUCCUGACUUCAUCUAUCUAUCUAUCUAUCUAUAUCUAUCUAUCUAA